AUGUUCAGGAGAGAAGGAACCGAGCCAUUCGGCUGCAGGACUUGGACUGAAAAGUUUGUUUCUGUAGUUAAAAGAGAAGUCACGACAGAGAGUUCCCCUAUCCAGGGACUGACGGACCUCGCUGUAAAGAGGCCCAGUUAUCCAAGCACCACAACCAGCAGCUCAUCUACCAGCAGCGCACAAGGGGAUGUGGAAGACAGGAGGCUGGAGCUGGGGCUUUGGAGAUGUUCUCAUGAAGCGGGGACAGCAGAGAAUAGCCCCCUCCAAGGCCUGCUAAACUGUCUGAAGGAAAUAAUUGUUCAUAAGCCCCAUCAGCCCCACCCGUCGCCCUGCAGAUCGGCCCAGGGCAGCACGCGAGGGGACCCAGGGCAGAGGAGGCUGGAGAGCGAGGAUGGGAGCUCGUCUGUAGAAGUGAAAACAGAAGUAACCGCGGAGGAUCCACAGGACCCCAGCUUGGAGAGCGGCCCAUCAGCCAGGCCUGUGAGCAAAGCCAGCCCUCCUGCCAGGCCGUCUAGCUGCUCCCCCCCUAGCAGGGCGGAAGGAGAGGCUGGGGGUAGGAGCCUAUUUGGCGAAGGAGCUGUUAAAAGGGAAGGCGCUGCGGAGAACUCCCCUGCCCAGGGCCUGCUCAGCUGCUGGAGAGACGUGACCAGCCCCUGUCGUACCGCCCGGCCAACCUGCAGCCCCUCCACCAGCAGCGCCCACCAGGGGGCGGAGCAGAGGGGGCUGGAGCCGGGGCCCUGGCGUGGUCCUUGGGAAGCAGAGGCGGCGCUGGAGGACUCCCCGCUGCGCGGCCUGGAGAACUGCCUGAAGGACAUCGCUGUGACCAGCCCCCGUUGCUCCCGCCCGCCCGCCCGCCACGGCGCGCAGAGAGCCCUGGGGGAGAGGCCAGGGCGCGGAGCUGGGAGCCUGGCCGCCGAAGAAGCAGCGACGGAGGAUUCCCCCCUGCGUGGCCUGCUGAACUGUGUGAUGGACGUGGCCGUACCCUCCCCCCAGCAUCCCAGCCCGCCGACCUGCAGCGCCGAGCGGGAGCCGGAGCCGAGGGGAGUGGAGGCCGGGCUCUGGAACUCGUCCCCUGAAGAGGUGACGCCAGGGACCAGCCCCCUCCACGACCUGGCGAACUGCCUGCAGGAAACACCUGUCAGUACAUCCUGGGCUUCCCGAGUGCUGGCCUGCAACGCAGGAGCAGAUGUGUCACCGAGGAGACCUGCGACAGGCGUGGUGCGGAGCUGGUGUGGAGACGGUGAGCCCAAGAACACACACGCUGUCACACCGUGGGUCUUGUCGACGGCUGCCCGGCUUGCUGGAGGGUCCCAGCUUUAAACAGACAUCAGCACGGAGACCUCGCCACUCCGAGGUCUGGAGAACUGCCUGAGGGACAUCCCGGUAAAUAAACCCCGCUACCCGCACAUGCCAGCCAGCAUCACCUUGACCAGCCCCGCGCAGAGAGACAUGGGCCAGAGGAGGCCAGGGGUCGGGACAAGGAGAUCACUUGGAGAAGACGUCAGUACAGAGAAUUCACCGCUGCGAGGCCUGGAGAACUGCCUGAAGGACAUUCCUGUGCCUAGCCGUAGUCAGUCCAAUACCCCAGGCAGCCGCUCCUCUCUGAGCAGCUCACCGGAUCCACGGGGCAGACUGGAGACCGCGGGGUGGCCAGUGAAAACAGAAGCAGGGGCCGUCUCCGAGGUCACGCCACCCCUCCAAGGCCUGGAGAACUGUCUGAAGGACAUACCCGUGACCAGGCCCAGAGGCUCCAGUGCAACAACUAGUUCCUCCUGCACCAGCAAAGUCUCGGGAGAGGUGGAGCAGAGGAGACCGGUGCCGAGGCCCUGGAGAGCAUGUGCAGCAGGUGCCCAGGACACGUCCCAGCCGGCCCUGAUGCUGCGGGGUUGUAUGGUUAAACCAGCAGCAAGUGCGGGGAGCUCCCCCCUCUACGGACUGAUGAACUGCUUGAAGGAAAUACCCGCCGGCCGGCCGCGCUAUGCCAGCAUCCCGUCUAGCUACUCCUCCAGCAGCAGUGCCGACGGGGAGAGGGACCCGUGGGGCGCCGGGCCAGGGACGUGGAGGUGGGGCACUGAAGAACUGAGCCCCGAGAAUUCCCCUCUCCGAGGCCUGGAGAAGUGCCUGCAGGAGAUCUCGGUGCCCAGGCCCCAGACCCCCAGCGCCCCAGCCACAGCCGCUGUGGUGGGCAGCCGGCAAGGAGAGACAGCACAGAGGAGGCCAGAGACGGGGCAUUGGGACUGGCACGGUGCAGCUACAGUCAGCGCCCGUGUCCAGGGCCCAGAGCGCUGUCUGAAGGCUCUGCCUGGAACCAGACCCAGCCACGCCAGCCGCUCGUCUCCCCACAACACAGCGGGAUGCAGCAGCCCAGAGGCUGGGAUUUCGAGAUUUCAGGCUGAAGAUAAAAGGCAAGCGGAAAACCUCCCAGGCCUGGAGGAUUAUUUGGAGGAAGUAGCUGCGCCCAGAUCCCGUCCUGCCCAGUCCCCUCCCAGCAGCGCUCGGGGAGAGGCAGAGCGGCGGGAAUGGGAUGUGCACACGAGGAGUUCCGGUAGCAGAGAAGUGGCGGCGGGGAGCUCGCCCCGCCCCAGGCUGAACUGUGUGAAAGAGAUCACUGCCGACAGAGCAACGCCUUCCUCGCCGCCUGCCCGCGCUGCGCAGGGAGCCGUGACGCAGCACAGAGCAGAGAGCACGGGGAGGAAGCUGUCCGGGGAAGACAGUACGGCCGAGACUGCCCAUCUCCCAGGCCUGGAGUCUUGCUGGAGCGCAGUGCCUGUGAGCCGAUGUAGCUGUGCCAGCACCCCCCUCGGCAUGUCCUCCAGCAGCAGCCCCCGCAGGGCCGGGGGGGAGAGGGGUCCACAGCCAGGGCUUUGCAGGCUGCACGGAGAAGACGUGAUGCCAGCUGACGCCCCUCGCUCUGGCCCCGCGACCUGCCCACAGGGAACCCAUGGAAACGGGCCCGGUCGUUCCAACACGCCGAGCGAUACCUCACCUGACCACAAUGCGCUGGGCCACAGGCGUCCUAGGAGACCCAGGACAGGGAUUAAGAGACCAUACACUGAAGCCAGGACAGACACUGCCCGACCCCCCAGCACCGGCUCCUGCACUUCUGGUGAGGAUGGUGGACAAAAGGCGGAUGCCGCGUGGGAGGAAUGUCCCAAGAGACCAUGCCCCAGCGCAGCGCCGUCUCCCUGGGAGUGCUGCGGCUGGGAGAGCGGGACGCCCCUGGACCUCAGGGUGGAGGGGAGCGCGAUCGAGGCCGUCCUCUCGGAGAAGCUGGACCGGGUCUCCCAGGAUUUCGCGGCCAUGUGCAGGGACGUGUCGAGCAUGCAGAGCCGCGUGGCCCAGCUGGAGCGGGACUCGAGGGGCUGGGCUCUCGAGCUGGCUGCCCUCCAGAAAGGCAACAAGCACCUGAGCGAGACCGUGCGGCGGCUGGAGAGCCGCUGCCACAUGCUGGAGAACCGUGCCCGCCGCAACUGCCUGCGGCUGGCGGGCCUCCCGGAGGGGGCGGAAGGAGGAGACCCCGUCGCCUUCCUGCAGAGGACCCUGCCCACGGUGCUCAGCCUGCCGGCGGACUGGCCACCCCUGGAGAUUGAGAGCGCGCGCCGCGUGCACGGGGGGGCGCGCUGGGACCCUGCCACCCGGCCCCGGGCGCUGGUCUUCCGCCUGCUGCGCUUCUCCGACAAGCUGGCCAUCAUGCGAGCGGUCAGGAAACGCGCGGAGCCCCUGACCUGCGGCGGCGCCAGGGUCGCCCUCUUCCCGGACGUCUGCCCCAAGUUGCGCCGGAGGAGGGGGGCGCGGUACGCGGCCGUCAGGAGGCUGUGGCGGGCGGCGGAGCUCCGCUUGGGCGCUCCGCCCUCCGCCUGCUGCCACGGCCGGGCACAAGGACACUGGGAGCCGCUGCCCAGCCCCCCGGGCCGCAUGCCCGCUGCAGACGAACAGGGGAGCAGAGUCACCAAAGGGCAGUGACAGAG